UGGGCAUUAGUUGUCAUCGAUGUACCUAAAAUUCUGGACAUAUAUUGUUAAACCUUAAGUGGUAUAUCGUCGCGAGAUUAUACGAUAUACGAUUUCUUGUGUACAAGUAUAUCAAUGUCAAUAUGAAUGUACACGGUGCUGCGGUGGAUUCUGAGACCACAAACUCGCCAGCAAGUAGCAGCGCAUGUCGUUACUAUGCGAUGGGGGGCAUGUGUUUCUAUGGCGAUCAGUGCAACUUUGUUCACGCAGGCGCACCUGCAACAUCUGGUACCAAUUCUAAUAAAUUGGAGUCCACACCGAACAAAGGCACGACUACUACAGACCCCGACAAAGGGGUAUCAUACAGCAACCUUGUGAAUACAAAUUCACACACACACACACAUGCACAUGCACAUGCAGACAAUAGUAGUAUAAAGAACGAAGGGAUGAGUGCAGGGGUAGGGGUAGAGGUAGCGAAUACUAGUAGCCAAGCUUCGACUAUACCAUUAUCGGCUUCGACGUCUUCUGGUACACUUAUCAGCCAGAAUAGUACCAGUUCCUCGACCUCGCGUAAACCCUGUCGGAAUAUCGCACUACACGGAUACU